AUCUGCAGAAAAAGUCCUAAUCUUUGCGGCCAGUGAAUUUCUUUAUAAGUUGUUUGUAGUGUUUUAGAAUGAAUUUAGCUAGCAACAUGUAUUCUCUAAUUUGCUUGAAAUUAUAAUGGGAGAAAAUUACACAAUAAAAUAUUAGAAAAAUAAAAUUGACCAACAAAGUCCGUAAGGCCUAACUCAACUAGCAAUACUUAUAUUGUUGAGCUGAAAACUUUCACCUGAGUUUGAACGCGAGACUUUGCAGUUGUGUGUGUAAUUUUCAGUGGUGUUUAUCGCUUCGUCUACCACAAGAAGAAUGAAAAACAGAAAUGAACCUCCAUUGGUGAAAACUUUCACUUGAGUUUGAACGCGAAACUUCGCAGUUGUGUGUGUAAUUUUCAGUGUUUAUCACUUCGUCUACGACAAAAAGAAUGAAAAACAGAAAUGAAGCUCCAUUGGUCAAUCAAGUUAUCAAAUGCAAGACAAGAGCCAGGUCAAAGUCUUCCUUUUCCCAAACUAUACUCCAGCACCACUCUAAGGUCAAUUUCCACAAAAAGAAAAACCAAAACACACGACUCUACAAAUACCAGUCCCAUUGAAAUGUCAUCAAACAAAUAUGUACCACAACUUUCACAAAUCAAACCAAAACAAACGGCAAUACAACUACAAAUGUAUCCAACAGCAAUAACAUUCACACAAAUCCCAGUGAAACAACAUCAUUCAAACAAACAUGUACCACAAAUCCCACUUUCUAUUCUUAACUUUUCUUCUCUUCACCGCUGCGAUGACCACCGCCGCGACAGCCGUCAACCCCGGUUGCACUCUCUAUGCCUCCAACACCAACCAAUCAUGGUCCUCCACAAGUUCCACUUUCUCUUUACGUUUUGUCCCUGUCGACCCACCAACCUCUCCUCCUUCCUUCCUCGCCGCCAUUGUGUACUCUGGUGGAGCUCCUGUUGUCUGGACAGCAGGUAACUCCACCGCUGUCGACUCCAGUGGUUCCUUCCAGUUUCUUACCAACGGCAACCUUCGUCUCAUUAACGGUUCUGGCGCCACCGUCUGGGACUCUGGGACUGCUAAUAUGGGUGCAACAUCAGCCACUGUUGAAGACAGUGGUAAAUUGGCGAUUUUGAACGGAACAAAGGAAGUUUGGUCGAGCUUUGAUCAUCUUACAGAUACCCUUUUGCCUUCUCAGAAUUUUACUGUUGGUAAGAUUUUGAAAUCUGGUGAUUAUAGUUUUAGUCUUGGAAAGAAUGGUAAUUUGAAUUUGAUUUGGAAUGAUAGUAUAACUUUUUGGACUCAUGGUUUGAAUUCUUCUGUGAAUGUGAGUUUGAGUAAUCCUGUUUUAGGGUUAACAUCCAUUGGAAUUUUGCAACUUUCUGAUGUGAAAUUGAGUACCCCUGUUAUUGUUGCUUAUAGUAGUGACUACGAUAAUGUAGGGAGUGGUGUGAGCGAUGUUCUUAGGGUCUUGAAAUUAGAUAGGGAUGGGAAUUUGAGGAUUUAUAACACUUCUAGGGGUAGUGGAAAUCCGGUUGCGAGAUGGGCGGCCGUUCAGGACCAGUGUAAGGUUUAUGCUUUUUGCGGAAACUAUGGUAUUUGCAGUUAUAAUGAUACGAACCCUAUUUGUGGUUGUCCUUCGGAGAAUUUCGAGAUGAUUGAUGGUAUUAGAAAAGGGUGUAGGAGGAAAGUGGAUCUUGAUAGUUGUCAAGGGAAUGAAACUAUGUUGACAUUGGAUCAUACGCAGUUAUUAACUUAUUACCCUGAGACUGAUUCGUCGCUUCUCAUUGGUUUCACGGCGUGUAGAGGAAAUUGUCUCUCAGGUUCGCGUGCUUGUUUUGCUUCUACUUCGUUGUUGGAUGGAAGUGGACAUUGUUAUUUGAAGUCGGUAGAUUUUUUCAGUGGAUAUUAUAGUCCAACGUUACCUAGUAUUUCGUAUGUCAAGGUUUGUUCGCCGUUGGCUCCAAAUCCACCACCCUCUUUGGGGGAGACGGUGAAGGAAAAGAGUUCGAGUGUACCUGCUUGGGUUAUUGUGGUUAUUAUUCUGGGAACCCUUUUAGUUGGGAUUGCUAUUGAAAGCGGAUUAUGGAUUUGGUGCUGUAGAAAUACUGCAAGGUUUGGUGUAUUGUCGGCUCGGUAUGCACUUCUAGAAUACGCUUCAGGUGCGCCGAUUCAGUUCACAUACAAGGAACUUCAGCGCUCGACAAAAGGGUUCAAGGAGAAGCUCGGAGCUGGUGGAUUUGGUGCUGUGUAUCGAGGAAUUCUUGUUAACAAAACUGUUGUUGCGGUGAAACAGCUUGAGGGAAUUGAGCAAGGGGAGAAACAGUUUAGAAUGGAAGUUGCAACGAUAAGCAGUACUCAUCAUCUUAAUUUGGUGAGACUUAUAGGUUUUUGCUCGGAAGGACGCCGCAGGCUUUUAGUCUAUGAGUUCAUGAAAAAUAGUUCCUUGGAUAAUUUUUUAUUCCCGGAAGAAGAGCAACUGGGAAAACUGUUGAAUUGGGAGUAUCGGUACAAUAUAGCGCUCGGCACUGCAAAAGGAAUCACAUACCUGCACGAGGAGUGUCGCGACUGCAUAGUCCACUGUGAUAUCAAACCUGAAAACAUUCUCUUGGACGAGAAUUACGUCGCUAAAGUAUCGGAUUUCGGUCUGGCAAAGCUCGUUAAUCCGAAGGAACAUAGACACAGAACGUUGACAAGCGUACGAGGAACAAGAGGAUAUUUAGCCCCUGAAUGGAUUGCAAAUCUUCCUAUAACAUCGAAAUCUGAUGUUUACAGCUACGGCAUGGUUUUGUUAGAGAUUGUGAGCGGAAAGAGGAACUUUAAUGUCUCCGACGAAACAGAUAGGAAGAAAUUCUCAAUUUGGGCCUAUGAAGAGUUUGAGAAAGGUAACAUCAAAGGAAUUUUGGAUAAAAGACUGGCCGAUAUGGAAGUUGAUAUGGAGCAAGUUAUGAGAGCGAUUCAGGUAUGCUUUUGGUGCAUCCAAGAGCAACCAUCUCAAAGACCGGUGAUGAGCAAAGUCGUUCAAAUGCUAGAAGGUGUAAAAGAAAUUGAGAAACCACCUUCUCUAAAAUUAGUCAUUGAAGGACCUGUUAGCGAAACCAGCAUCUACAUUAGUAGCAAUGUUAGUGCAUUUUCCACAAUUGGAGCCUCACCAAAUGUUCCUUCAUCACCAUCAAUCCAGAUUAGUGGUGUUUCAUACUUCGCCUCGGGACGAAACCCUGAGAAGGCAACUUCAUCCCUCUUGCAAUCAAAUCAAUGAAUUUGGAUUCCCUACGGUCGCCAAAAUUCCGCAUUUAUGCAGAUGCAGUCACAGCAUAAAACAAAAACCGCUUGAAAUAUGCACCAUCCGAUAUUGAUCCAUUUAUCCAAUGGUUACCAAUGUGGCCACCACUGCGUGAAUGCGGAUUUUGGCAAUUGCAGGGAAUCUGGAUUCCUGAUUAUUGAUAGAAACUACAUUCAUUUUUUAAAACAAUUAUUUACUGCAAACCAAGUGUAAUUACCAUCAAGAGCAAGUCAUCAUUGUGGCCUAUAAAUUCCUUUAUAUUAGAUUAAAGUUCAUGUUUGUAUUGUUUUAGAAUGAACUACCUAGAAACAUACUCUACUAAUUGAAAUUCUGA